UUGAUGCCAUUUUGAGAGUGAUAUGUUAAGACAGCAAGUGGCCCUCAUAAGAAAACGGGACAAAGUUAAAACAGCAAUUUGACAGAUGUUAAGACAUAUUUAGUAGAAAAUGGAGACGUGGGGUAACGAAGUUCCGUCGGAAUGCUUACAGUUAGCAAUCGAAAAAGGGCUGCCCAGUAGCUCGUUUCUGUAACUAUUCUCUACCAAAGCGAAUUCGUAUAUGAAUUCGAAGCCCUGUUCUCUACUGCUAAUGAGUAGUAGAGAAUGACGUAAUAUUCUCUACCAGUCGAGAAGUAAUUGGUAGAGAAGCGUUACAGAAACGAGCUACAGAUCUAUAAGUGGCAGCUCGUUUGGCGGUAUAGUGCGACGCUUCUUGUUCAGAACUCAUGCGGUUUUUGUGGGGACAUUUAACCUGCAAUUAUAGCAGAGUGAAAUAAUGGAAUUCCAAACUCUCAUCAUUAAUGCAUAAUUAGGUUCUGGGAAGGAUUAUUUCUAUAUACAGACAUAUGUACAUAUGUAUGUAUGUAUGUAUGUCCUCGCAUAUUUGCACUAAUCUUACAAGUUUAUUCGUUUUUUGUUUUCUUUUUUGCAGCAACAACAUGUCUUACCUCUACACCCAUUGUGGUUGUCCGGUGUCUUCACCACUCACGCCUACAUUGGCCAGCAUCUGUGGUGGCAGCGCCUACGUGCUCUUCAUGGGCCUGCUCGAGGUCUUCCUCCGCUCGCAAUGCGAUAUUGAGGAUCCCUGUGGUCGUGCCACUCCAAGAUUCCGAUCGGAACCCGAUAGUGAAUAUGAUUUUGUUGUGAUUGGUGGCGGUACUGCUGGUUCGGCUGCUGCUGCGCGUCUCUCCGAAGUAUUUCAUUGGAAAGUGUUACUCAUCGAAACGGGUGAUGACGAACCAAUUGGAUCACAAGUGCCUUCACUUUCCUUAGAUUACAUUGGGAGUGACAUUGAUUACAAAUAUAAAACUCAACCGGAGAAGGUAGGGUGCCUUGGAGAUGCCAAUCAGGCGUGCACUUGGCCUCGUGGCAAAGUAUUGGGCGGCACAUCUGUGAUAAAUGGUAUGAUGUACAAUCGCGGCAAUCGGGAGGACUAUGACAAUUGGGCAUCCUUGGGUAAUACCGGUUGGUCGUACGACGAUAUAUUGCCGUUCUAUAAGAAAUCUGAAAAUAAUUUGCAAAUUAAUGAGGUUGACACCGCUUUGCAUGGCAUCGGUGGACCGCUACCAGUUUCACAUUUCCCCUACAAUCCACCAUUGUCUUAUGCGAUCUUAAGGGGUGGUGAGCAAUUGGGCCUUGACGUACGAGAUUUGAAUGGCUACAAUGCCACCGGCGUCAUGAAAGGUCAAAUGGCCUCACGCAAUGGCAUACGUCAUAGUGCUGCACGUUCAUUCUUGCGUCCCGCACGCAACCGUAAGAAUCUUCACAUUCUACUUAAUUCCACCGCUACCAGAGUGCUCUUCGAACCGAACAGUACAAUCGUUAAUGGUGUUGAAUUGAUCGAUAGUAAUAACAAUACUAUCACAGUAUCUGUGAGGAAAGAGGUGGUCGUCAGCGCUGGCGCUUUGGACUCACCAAAAGUACUAUUGCUUAGCGGUAUUGGACCAGCUGACGAACUAGAAAAAGUCAACGUAACUGUCGUACACGAUCUGCCCGGUGUUGGCAAAAAUCUACACAAUCAUGUUUCCUAUUCACUAACCUUCUAUGUUAACGAAACCAACACUAACACUCUAAAUUGGGCAACCGCAUCGGAAUAUCUUCUCUUCCGCAAUGGUCUGCUUUCUGGCACUGGUAUUGGUGAUAUGACCGCUAAAUUUAGCACAAAAUACGCCGAAUCAUCCAGAGGACCCGAUAUACAAGUCUUCUUCAGUGGCUACUCGCCUAGAUGCUCCGAUACCGGUGCAAUUGGUGAGCUUCGAUCGAACGGCUCGCGAUCCAUACAGAUGUCCCCCGUCAAUGUGCAUCCCAAAUCACGUGGAUCCGUUACACUCGCUUCCAAUAAUCCCCGUGACAACGCACUAUUUGUCGCUAACUACUUAUCCGUGGAGCAGGAUGCAAAAACACUCAUUGAAGGCAUCAAGUUUGCUAUCAAAUUGGGAGCUACUCCAGCGCUCCAGGAAUUCGGUUUGAGUCUGGAUGAGACUCCGGAAGCGGGAUGUACAUCAUACGACUUCGGCACGGAUGAAUACUGGGAUUGCGCUAUACGAUACAAUACUGCUCCCGAGAAUCAUCAAGCGGGCUCCCUUAAAAUGGGUCCAGCAAACGAUACCUUGGCUGUGGUGGACAAUGAGUUGCGCGUGUAUGGCGUGCAAGGUCUUCGUGUUAUGGACACAUCCAUCAUGCCAGUCGUAACUUCGGGCAAUACGCAUGCGCCAGCUAUAAUGAUCGCAGAGAAGGGUGUCUACCACAUCAAGCAAUCUUAUGGCGUCGUAGUGAAAUCGAGGACCAAUCGCAGCCACAGGGGCCACCACAACUAAGUCCAAAUUAUUAUAAUUUAACUAUAUUGAAAAAU